AUGGCCAGAAAAGUGUCCGUGUCCGAGGUGCGCAAGCACACCACCAACGACGACUGCUGGAUCGUCGUCGACAACCAUGUCUACGACAUGACCGACUUCGCGCCGACUCAUCCCGGCGGCGCCCAAAUCAUCUACAGCUACGCAGGACAGGAUGCUUCCGAUCAGUACAACGCAGUACACGCGCCAUCCCUCAUCUCCAAGACCCUGAGCCCUGAGCGUCAGCUCGGCCAGUUGGACAAGACAUCGAUUUCCGCAGACUGGAAGACCAGCAACGCCACCGCCUCGUCGACUGCCACAGCCGGCAAGCAACCCCCGCUGUCCAGCAUCCUCAACCUGCACGACUUCGAGGCCGCGGCCAAGGCCUCCUUCAGCGCGCAGUCCUGGGCGUACAUCGACAGCGCCUCCAACGAUUGCAUUACCCGCGACGCCAACAUCGACGUCCUUCGCCGCAUCUGGUUCCGCCCCUUGGUCAUGCGCGACGUCGCCCGCGUCCGCACCCUCACCUCGCUCUUCGGCAGCGCCAUGGCCAUGCCCUGCGUGUCCACCGCCGCCUCCUACCCGCUCGACGAGGUGCUGGCCGCGACGCCGGAGGGCCGCCGCGCGUGGUUCCAGCUGUACGUGGACAAGGACCGGCGGAAGACGGAGGCGCUGCUGCGGGCGGUGACGCGCUCCGGCAAGGUCGGCGCCGUGUUCGUCACGGUGGACCUGCCGGUCAUCUCCAAGCGCGAGGCGGACGAGCGCGCGCAGGAGGGGGGGCGGGCGGGGCUGGCGCGGCAGACGGCGACGUUUAUCGAUCCGCGGCUGUCGUGGGAGGACGUCCCGUGGAUCCGGCGGCACACGGACCUGCCGAUCGUGAUCAAGGGGGUGCAGCGGUGGGAGGACGCGGCGCGGGCGAUGCGGUGCGGGUGCGACGGCAUCGCGGUGAGCAACCACGGGGGCAGGGCGGCGGACGGGGCGCAGCCGGCGGUGGUGACGCUGCUGGAGCUGCACAGGUACGCGCCGGAGGUGUUUGCCCGGAUGGCGGUGCUGGUGGACGGCGGGUUUCGGCGCGGGGCGGACGUGGUCAAGGCGGUGUGUCUCGGGGCGGCGGCGGUGGGCGUGGGCAGGCCGUUUCUGUAUGCGCUGGGGUACGGGGAGGAGGGCGUGGUGCACGCGGCCAACGUGCUACGGGAGGAGAUCGAGGUGGCGAUGAGGCUCUGCGGGAUGACGGACUUGAUGGCGGAUGCGAGUCCGCGGUAUCUCAACACCAAGUUGGUGGAUGGGUAUGUGGUAGAUGGUCGGGAUUCGUACUUGGGCGAGCCAAGGAGGAUCACGGCCAAGAUUUGA